AUACAAUAGCGAUUAGGAUUUUUAGUUAUAUUUUUAAAUGAAAGCAUUUUCAAGAAUGACUGCCGAGCGUUCACUACUAUUAUUGUCCUCAUCGCGAGUCUUUGGUUAUGGUUAUUUGGAACAUACCAAGGAAGAUAUAAUCAAGUUCUUUAACAAAAAAAAUGUAACAAAGAUACUUUUUGUGCCUUAUGCACUACCCAAUCAUGAUGACUAUACAAAUGUAGUUAGCAAUGCCUUAACUCCCUGGGGUUAUGCGGUGGAGGGUAUUCAUACCAAAGCCAAUCCGGUUGAGGCUGUAUCUUCAGCUCAAGCUAUAUUUGUGGGUGGUGGUAAUAGUUUUGUUUUAUUAAAAACAUUGUAUGAAUUAAAUCUUGUGGAUGCCAUAAGGGAACAGACGUUAAAGAAAGGCAUUCCUUAUAUGGGCAGUAGUGCGGGUACUAAUGUUGCUACACGUUCUAUUAAUACCACCAACGAUAUGCCUGUGGCACAUCCUCCCACUUUUGAGGCCUUAAAUUUAGUGCCAUUCAAUAUUAAUCCACAUUAUUUGGAAACAGACCCAAAUACAGAACAUAAGGGUGAGACGAGAGAUCAACGUUUGGAAGAAUUUUUACUUUAUCAUAAAAGGCCUGUGUUGGGUUUACGUGAAGGCACUGCUGUUUUAGUUGAGGGCGACAAAGCCACAUUGAUUGGUGAUAGAAAUGCUAAGCUGUUUAGACCUAAAUUGGAGCCAAUAGAAUUUGAACCCCAAUCAGAUUUAAGUUUUUUAUUACAUGAUCUGUAAAUUUUUAAUAGCGACAGAAUAUAUUUUGUAACAAAUAAACAAAUAUGAAUUUUUUUAACCAAAUAACAUAA